AUGCAGUCCGGUUUGAAGCCCCAACCACUUGCCUAUCCUAUGCGCUAUCACCGAGAAUUGCUUGUGGACCCAUUGCUCUGGACUUCCCGUCAUCUGGAUCUGGCAGGAUGUCGCUUCGAACCGCUUGAGUCGAAGGAGAACACUCAAGAUGUUGACGAUACGUGUGAAGCCCAAAACACUGAAUUCGGCCACAGACCCACUCCUAUACCACCGCCGCCACCAUCGGACCCCGAGCGACUUGCAAAGAGCUCCGCCCCCCCUUGUGAAGCUCUCUGCCCUGUGCCGCAUUCUGGAAAAGGACCUAGAUUCUACUUCGCAGGCCAAGCGAUUCAUCGACCAAGCUAUGCCGUGUUUGGUCGUCGCAAACAAGCCAACCAACCUCUUGACGAUGCUUUUCAAACGUUGAUAGGCUACUUUGACUACACCUCCGCCACUUACGGCCGGAAAGAUAAAUUCCAGGCUCAAAGCCAUCCUGGAAGUGGCAAUAAAGCCCCCGUCGGGCGUCUCCAUCAAAGACGGCUGGCACAAAUAACCCCAGCUAAUUGGGAGGAGGACCCACACUUCGUUUGUAUCUUGUUGUCUAUUGCCCAACUGCAGGAGCGGUGCCUCACAAUCAAAAAGCAAGCAACGCAUACGUCGCGUUUUCUUGUGGCGAAGUGGCCAGACUGCGAGUUUAUCUAUCUUUACGAGGCUCAAUUUACCUCCGAGCUUCUGGAAGCCAUUGAAAACCCGAAAGCUGCUACGGCCUAUACGAACUGGCCGACCAUCACGCGGAAAAUGAUCCCUUUCAAACCCUUUGACACUUUUCGACCGCGUCUUGUGGCCGAUCUAUUACUCCCGGGACACCGACACUGUCACAAUGCCUUGCGUUUCAAAGACGGUGCUGACGUUGUGAAAAGGACGGUGAAGCGGCAGUACGAGCACGAAGACAAGUCUCGCACAGUGAGACGCAAGGCCUGUGGGAAUUGAGGUUAGCAUUGCUAUGCAAUACCCCAACUCGCCACAGUCAUUGUGCCUCUGCUCCAGGUCAAGUGCGUCACAGAACGCAAUCGGACCUGAAUCGGAUCGAAAGCCAUUAUGAUCAUGAUCAUCUUUUUCAGAAUUCCCAGUGUGGGUGGCUGAGAUACCGAUUGAAUCGCUUGAUCUUCACGCCGUUUAAUCCCUGUUAUACUGAAAUCAACCCGAUUGGUGAUAUGGUAAUUCGGCCCUGAACCAGCUUGCCAGCCCUUCUGAACUGGCUCGGCCUGAGUGAGGCUUCACUGGGAUGAGCUGCGAUUAAUGACCAAUUCCCC